AUGGCCGAGGCACACACUGAGCCCUCACCAAAUGAGACACCACCACUUACAAUCACCGUCUCAAAGGGCGGCAAACCGCUGGACAUAUUUCAUCUCACAGAGGGCGCCAUCCUCAACGACCUGCUGAUCGCCUGCGAGGACCACCUGGCCGAGGAAACCAACAAGUACGACUGGGACAAGGCCAAGUUCAUCGCCAAGGGCAAGAUGCUCCGGGCCUCAGAGCACGGCGAGCAGCCCAUAGGCCACCUGGACGGCGCCAAGGUGACGCUCCAAGUCCCCACCCUCGAGGCAAUCCAAGACCUACAGAGAUCCUCCGACCUAGCCCGGAGCCGCGAGGCCCGCCGGCAAGCCCAGUACACCUCGGCCGCGCGGCCCGUCGCGGCGCGGCGCUCCCGGCCGGACCAGGCCAGGGCGCAGGCGGACGCGCAGUACACAUUCCUGCGGGUCGAGCCGCUCCCGGGGUUCAGCAACGCGGAGCGCAGCCGGGCGUUCCUGGAGCGGCUGAAGGAGGACCCGGGCAUCCGCGCGGCGAUGCGCAAGCACAAGUUCAGCGUGGGCCUGCUGACGGAGAUGGACCCGGCGUCCAACACGCAGUCCUCCCACGAGGGCACGACGCGCCUGCUGGGGCUGAACCGCAACCGCGGCGAGGUCAUCGAGCUGCGCCUGCGGACGGACGCGUACGACGGGUACCGCGACUACAAGACCAUCCGCGCCACGCUGUGUCAUGAGCUGGCGCACAACGUACAUGGCCCGCAUGACCGCAAUUUCUGGGAUCUGUGCCACCUGAUCGAGAGGGAGGUGCAGGCUGCGGACUGGAAAAGCGGGGGCCACUCGUUUGGUGAUGGGGAUUACUACGAGUCGCCCGAGGAUGACGUCCCUGACCACGGCGGGUGGACGGGCGGCACGUACGUGCUUGGUGGGAGCAGUGGUAGUGGUGGAGGCGGCUUGAGCAGGCGGGAUGUCAUUGCGAAGGCUGCCGAGGAGCGGAUGAGGAGGUCGCAGUCGGACAAUCCAGACGGAGGGAGCGGCGAGGGGAGCAGUAGUGCAGCUCCGUGA